AUGGCAGAUGCAGAGCAGAUCUUCAACGACUGCACGCUGGACCUAACCGUUCCAGAUGGCGUUCUGGAGCUUCCCGAGCAGACGGGAGAUGCUUCUGUAGACGAAUGGAUAAAACACUCGCGUGCUGUUGGGGAGAGGAAGCAGGCUUUCUUUGAUGAGAAGUUGGAUUUCUUUCUCGUUGUACGCUUUCAGCACGAUGCUUCUGCUGGCUUGUUGUCUCCCGAUCCGAAAGCACCUCCGCCCGUCCUUUUGUCGUUCCUAAAUCAUUUGCAAGUCUCGCUAGAAGCCACGUACAUACCACCUACACCGUCAGACGAUCCAUUUGGCCCUCGGUUACCUGCUCCUCCGUCACGCUCUACCAGUAGCCCUGGACAGACACCGAAAAUAACAAAAGGCCUGGGUAUUCCACUUCCUAUCUUCCCGCCGCAGACUCCGAGCCCGAAACCAUCGACGAGCGAGACGGACAAAAAGUAUGUUUAUUCGGAGGGUACACCGCUGAAGUCUAUAAUCUGGGGCGAGGAAUCGUCUGAUGAUACGGACUCGUUUCGCCUUCUUCGAUCGAGUAGUGAGAAAUGUUGGAUAGCUGUUUACAGGAUAUCUUUACCCGUUGUUUAUCUCAGGACUGAAUUCAGUGAUCCUCUGUUAUGCUUAACUACUUCCAUCACUUUACGCGAUAAACCUAUUUCUCCGACUCCUCAGAGACGCACUUUGGUCGAACUCAUCAAAGCAGCUGGUCAACUGCCUCCUCUCGUAGAUCAGACGCCUCCUAAGAAAGUUGAUGUCUCUCAGGAAAGCAGUUCAAGUGAUGACAGGCGGGUGGAACGUGGAUAUCUGGAAGAGGUUAACCUGCUUGAAGGACUGUCGACUGAAGUCAUGUUUGGCUCGGAAGAAGUAGAUGACUUAUACCUGCCGACAAGUCGCUUAGGUGCAUCAGCUCGUCGUUCGUACUCCUUGCCACCCAUUACUCCAGCUUCACCAGCCAAACAGAAACAGGGUCCUUCUUCGCGAUCCCUUCCCGUCCUACGCAAGUCUUUCCGCAAGACACUUGGUCUCGCAUCUGGAUUCCACGUACGAAUGCGAACCAUUCUGGUUCCUCAGUUAUUUUUGCCUGAGGGUGUAGAUGAUGAACAAGAAACGGGAAGUGACGAGAGUACUGUCGUUCUCAGCAUCGAAAUCGAGAACCCAGUUGAUUCGGGAGCUGGAUUCUCUGUUGAUACUGUUGAGGUUUAUUUGAAGAACGAGAUUACGAAGGUUAGGUUGAUUGGUUGGGGAGAGGAAGGUUUCUCGGAUCCCACCAAAGUCUUUCCGCUCCUUAUUCGACCUGCAGAGCAGUAUUACCUCUUGUACACGGUCACAUUCCUUCGUUUCCCGGAAUUCGAACUUUCACAAAUGGGAGAUCAGGAUGACUUCCAAAAGGUGGUGUCUUUCAAUAUCAUCGGACGACCCUUUUCGGUUCCUGGAGCGAACUAUGUUUCUAUGGUUAAAACGGACAAGCUCACGUAUCUUACCUCGCCAUUUCUUUCACGAUGGAACUGCAAACUCGACUUGGAUCCUCGAAGACAAUCGAUGCCUCCUCCCGAGUCGAUGUCAGACGCUGGCCAGAAUGCUGUUCCGAUCCCACCUUCUCCUUUCCCCAUCGCGAGUCCACGAGCUCAACAAGCCCAAGAACAAGCGUCGGCGGUAGCGACUGCACGGGUGGAUACUGUUGCUGGCCCGAAACGACAUACGUUUGCUGGGCCGACAGUGUCUCCUAGUCCACAGCUCCUCACACCACAACGUCCGAUGUCAUUGAGCACCAGUCCGUCAGGUAGUCGAAUACCUUCACCAUUAGGGAAAUUGGGUAUGAAGCCUUGGACUGUAGGGAGUACGCCCUUAUCCACACCAGGCCAUCUCAGCCCACCUUUACCUCCCCUUCCCAAUGGACCGCAAACUCCGAAUAAGAACCUUAGUCCACCACCUACUACAGCGGGUACAACAUACCCUUUCCCUCAAACUCCUGCGUUCCCGUCGUAUGGUAAUCAACCUAUGACACCGCGUCCGAAUUCCGUGACACCUUCGCUCGGUCAGAUGGGUACCGUUGGGAUGGGUGUUGAUGCAAGGAGAGAACGAUUUGCGUUGCCUGGGAUGCCUAUUACCCCUGCACCCCCCAUGACUCCCAGAGCUCAUCCUGGAGCGGACGACCGUGCGUUACCCGGUUCUUUCAGAGGCCCAGGGAACGUUAGUCUUGGACAAGGAAACAAAGACUUUGUCGUAUCAAUAAACCUCAUCCCACCAAUCUCCCCAGAGGAAGAAGCAUCACUCAAAACAACGACGAGACAACGAGUUAUACACCCACUCGAAGAGUUCUCGCUUGAGAUAUUUGUAUUUAAUCAGUCGGCGUAUGUAAGGACGCUUGAGGCGACGCUUUUAGAUAGACGAAGACGGAGAGAUGAGAAGCGGGAUUCGCAGUUUGCACUUGCUGCUGGCUCAACGGCGGCGAUGGAUUUGUGGAAACCUGCUCCUCCUGCAUUUAUGGCUCUGGAGAGUAAGGUACGAAUCGGGCCUCUUGGCCCGUCGACGUGCCAAUCUGUAACCAUGCGUUUCUUGGCGAUUUUACCUGGUGUACAUACCAUUGAUGGAUUAAUAUUGACUGAUGUAGAGACUGGAGAAUCUAUUAGUCUUAGAUCUGUAAUGGACUUUGCUGUCCUUCCGUGCAAUCUCACUUCGUGA